CCACUGAAGAUCUUGGUGUCGCCAUGGGCCGCUGCCCCGCCCGGUGUUACCGGUAUCGUAAGAACAAGCCAUAUCCAAAGUCUCGUUUCUGCAGAGGUGUCCCUGAUGCCAAGUUCCGCAUUUUUGACCUGGGGCGUAAGAAGGCAAAAGUGGAUGAGUUCCCACUGUGUGGCCACAUGGUGUCAGAAGAAUACGAGCAGCUCUCCUCUGAAGCCCUGGAGGCUGCCAUUUGUGCCAACAAGUACAUGGUGAAAAGUUGUGGCAAAGAUGGUUUUCACAUCCGGGUGCAGCUCCACCCUUUCCAUGUCAUCCGUAUCAACAAGAUGUUGUCCUGUGCUGGAGCUGACAGGCUCCAGACAGGUAUGCGGGGUGCCUUUGGAAAGCCCCAGGGCACAGUGGCCAGGGUCCACAUUGGCCAAGUCAUCAUGUCCAUCUGUACCAAGUUGCAGAACAAGGAGCAUGUGAUUGAGGCCCUACGUAGGGCCAAGUUCAAGUUCCCUGGCCACCAGAAGAUCCACAUGUCCAAGAAGUGGGGCUUUACUAAGUUUAACGCAGGCGAAUUUGAAGACAUGGUGGCUGAAAAGCGGCUCAUCCCAGAUGGCCGUGGGGUCAAAUACAUCCCUAAUCGUGGCCCCUUGGACAAAUGGCGGGCUCUGCACUCAUGAGAACCUCAGCACUGCCCUUCCCCAUUCAUGCCCACAAAUAAAUCCUGCUUCCUGU